GCCCUAUUUCUAAGGUGAGCUAGCUCUGAAUAGAUACUACAACGGUACAGUGCCUGGUGAAAUCAGUGGGGGUUGGUUCGAGGGCUUCCUUUAUCCCAGUCCCGACCUCAGGAGCACGAGAUGACCGAGCUGGUCGUCUUCGCAGGCACAAGACUCAACUGUGUACUUAGCCGAGACCAAGUUCAGGCUUGUGUACCACAAAAUCCGUGGUCCAGGCCCAGAAGGUCAAGAAGAAAUUGGAGUACAGCGCUUAAGUGGGUAUCGAAAUGCUCUUCGCCCCUUCUGUGCCGGCUUUUGCAACUACCUCACUCUCCGAAUCGGAUCUGAGUAUGAGCCGCGGCUUGUUUACACCACUUAGAGAAGACAUGAAGGAUGGACAUCCCAGGGGCUCGUUG